UAUGACUGUAGAGAAGGGGAAGUGGGUUAAAAAGAAAAGGGAGGGGAGAAAUACUACAAUUCCCAUGAGCCUCUUGGGCUGCAGCUGACCUUGGCAAAAGCGGUUCAAGAAUGUUGCACUGCACAUGGCGAGCAGGGCUGCGGAUCGGGGGGCUGGCAGGUGGGGGAGCUGGAAGCUGCGGGGUUUGGAGGCUCUGGGGCCCAACGGGUCCUGUGCGCUUUUGGAGCUGGGGCGCGCAAAGGGCUCCCGGCGCGGAGCUGCCUCGGCGAUGGGGCGCCCGGGGCGUGCAGACCGCCUUCCCGUUGGAUACUAAUGUGCCCCGGGAUGUCUUGCUUUUCCAGCACGAUCGAGGCCGUUUUUUCCGUAUUCUCGGGCUGUUCUGCGCCGGCCAGUUCGUGUUCUGGGCGUAUCUGGCACACUUCGCUUUCCACGGCUUGCGGGAUGUUAGGGCGAGCCGGCCAGAGCCGGAUCCCCAGCAUGGGGAGCGCCCUCUGCCAACUCUACCGGGAGGAGCCACGAUACAGUUGAGCUCCAACAAGUGGCGCUUCGGUUUCACUGCGUCUUGCCUGACCGUGGGUUCUCUGAUCUUGGCGGCAGGUUUUGUCUUUUCCCGACGCUCUGUGAGCCGGAUCUUGCUGCACCGAGGUGGGCAGGAGGUGACCUUUACCACCUAUUACCCCUUGGGCUGGACCUCGUCCUUCACGGUCCCUCUUCGCCAUGUUUCCUGCAUGUCCCAUCGUACGGAGGUGCCGGCGAUGAUGCCACUCAAGGUUAAGGGGAGAGCCUUCUAUUUCCUGUUGGACAAACAGGGACGGAUCACCAACACAAAGCUUUUUGAUAUCACUGUUGGCGCCUAUCGCAAGCUGUGAGGCACAGCACUGCUAGAGGGAAAAGGCGCAGGAGAGGGCCCGUCCUGCAUCCUGGGCUGUUGUGCAGAUGGAGAAAGAUGGACUGGCCACAUCCGGCCGACAGAUCCCAGGCCUAGAAGCAGCUCUUAAAUGGCUUCUUAGCCCUUCUGUGCUUUGAAAAAGACAAUUGAUGCAUGAUGUUUUGGGGUAAAUGGAAGCUCAUCUGGAGAGAGAGAGAGAGAGAAAGAGAGACUGAGAUUGCACAGAGUUGCCCUGGAUCCUGAGUUGAUUAGCUUGUUUUUUAAAAAUCUAGAAAGCACCAACCUGAUUUUUGCAGGGUUUUUUCGUACCUCCCAACACACCCCAGCUGCAUUCACAGUACAUUUUUCUCUGUAAUCUUUGGGAUGACAGAGGGGGGUGGGAAAUGUGUGCUUGUGUCUUGGUAGCAAGAAUUAUGGUGGUUGUGAUGGCUGCUUGUUUGAUCUCCAGGAACUCAUCCUGCCUUAACUGGAGAUCAUUGAAUUUCUCCUUUGUAGAGUUGCCACCUUUAUUUCUGGAGAGGCUCCUGUGCUUUUUAACAGGGAGAGCAAGGGAGGGGAACCGUUUUUCAGCUCAAGGGCCACAUUUCCUUCUGGGCAGCCUUCUGAGGGCCACCUGCAGUGGGGGGGGGCAGAGGCAAAAGUGAAAGGAACAAUGAAUGUAAACCUGACUUUUGUUAGAGUAAAGUACGGUAGUUUCUACACACACCAA